CAGCUGCACGAGCUGACCAGACACCAUAACUUUCAAGUGCAUCUCGGACGAAGAGGUAGAGCGACUUCUGAUAAAGUUUUUCAAGUUUUAUUUUAACGACAAGCUGUUUCUUACAGAUCCCAUCAUGGACAACAUUCGGAAAGUGCACUUCCGGAAUGUGGGAAAGAGUUACUUCCCUCAGACCAGAGUGGAAUGUCACUACAAGCUAACCAGCGAUCACACAUGGGACGGCCAUGACUGGAUUGGCCUUUUCAAGAUGGGCUGGUCUACAGUGAAGGAGUACUACACUUAUGUGUGGGCCCUGGUGCCAGAAGGCUACAUUGAGAGACGUGAUACUGACUGCUGUGUCCAAUUCCAGACCUCCUACCUGCCCAAACCUGGCGCAGACCUGUACCAGUUUGUGUAUGUGGACGCCAGGGGUGAAGUGUGUGGCGUCAGCCCACCCUUCCUGUUCGCUACCCCUGGAGCCCUCGAUGAGCUGGUGACCCUGGAGAAUGAGAGAAGCGGGGAGGAGGGGGCAGGCGAGGACCUACUGAUGGUGGUGCCCAAAGCCCAGAUCCUGCAGGGCCACCUGGAGGAAUGCCAGAGGGAGCUGCAGGAGCUGAAGCUCGCCGUGGAGGAGAGCGGCAAGGAGAAGGAGCAGGAGCGGGAGAGGUGUGACCAAGACAGACAGGAGCUGACGCGAGAGAGGGAUGAGAUGAAGGACGAGAUCAGCGAACUCAUGGAGGGCCUGAAGCACCAGCGGGAAGAACUGGAGCAGAUAGAGCUCAAACUCAAGGACGCACAGAGCUCACAGCAGAACAUGUCAGCCGAGCUGCUGGACCUGCUGAAGGAGCGCACGGAGCAGCAGCAGCAAAUCAGGGAGCUGGCCGACGACAACAGUGUCCUGACGCAGCAGAAGAAGCAGGCCGAGGCCGAGCUGGAGAGGACCAAGGAAAGAGUGAAAAAGUUGACGAUGCAGAGGAAGGACGAAGAGGAGGAGAAGAAGACACUGAAGGACGAGAGCCAGGCUGCUCAGAGCGAGAUCCGGCAGCUGCGGGAGCGUCUGGAAGCCAGCGAGCGCUCGACCGAUGUGCUGCGGCGCGAGCUGAGCGAGCUGGGAAGCCUGCAGGGCCACAGCCACGCAGAGCUGCACCAGACGCGCAUGCAGCUGGCACAGGUCAACCUGCAGCUCUCCCAGGCCAACCUGGCCCUGCGCGAGGGGGAGGCCACCUGGGCCCAGGAGAAGGAGCAGCUCAGGCAGAGUGCAGAGCUGGAUCAAGAGCGUAUUCAGAAGCUGUCUCGUGAGCUGCAGCGCAAGGAGGAGUGGCUUCAGGAGGAGAGGGCUGAGCGCGACAAACUGGAGGCAGAGCUCGGAGGCGAAAACUAUUCCAACCGGGCUCAGCUGAGUGAUGCACGUAAGGAGGUCCAUGAGCUCAAGGCCAGUUUGAAAGAAGCUCAGAAGGAGAGCAAGCAGCAGCUGCUGGAGAAAGAGGUUCUGCUGGAGCAGGUCAGGGAGCUUGAGAAGAGGCUGGACCUCGAGGCUGAGACGAAGUGGUUUGAGGCUGCUUCGGUCGCUGCAGCCCCACAAGACAUCACAGACGUCACACCCUGUGAAGAGGAAGAGGAAGAGAAGCAGAAGCAGAAGCAGGAGGAGGAGGAGGAGGAGGAGGAAGUGUAUGAAACCCCUGAGGCCCCCCAGGCGGAGGCCGACACCUGUGAGGACGUAGCCCAGACAGAGCCUCCAGUCCUGGCCGAGCCCGAGGACAAACCCUGCAGGGUGGUGGAGAUCAACCAGCUGGUCCCUGCCCACACAGCCCCAGAGGAGGACAGAGAGUGCUGGGAGGACUCAAUUCCAUAUAUCCGAUACGGUGAGCUGGAUAACAGUUACGAGGAGAACUGUUCUGAAGAGAACCGUUCCGAGGAGAACUGUUCUGAGAACUGUGGGGAGAGAUGUGCUGAGGAAAGAUGUGCCGAGUUCACAUUCCCCACAGAGCCCAUCCUGAGUUAUCUCUCGGAAUAUCCCCAGUGGUAGGAGCUGGCAGAACGUCUUUUCUAAGACAUGCCAUGGGGUAAAAAUAUCCCCAAUAAGAGUGUGCAAUGUGCCUUUUUUUUCCGAAGUGAUAUCACAGAGACUGUAUUUGAGUGUGUAAAUGAGUUUCUAAAAUCUCUGAAGUUCCAUGGUUAAGUGUGUGGUUGUGUAGAGUUGUUUAUAAUAUACCUGAUUUUGUAUUUUGUAUUUGAUAUUUUAUUAUUUUCUUAUAUGCCACAUGGUGUGCUAAUUAUUAAUGAAAAACAAAAACACAAAAACAAAAACAAAAUCUUUAAUGAAUUGGGUUGAAGUUUCAUAAGUAUUCAUGCUAAAGUCAUUAGAGGGGCGGUGUAAUAAAAAAAAAAAAACUUGAAUAUGUACCAGAGAAAGGUUUUCCAAAUGCUCCCUGCCUAUCAAUCGAACUCAGGAUUGGACAAAGACAUUUGUAUUACUAGUCUCUGAUUUUCCAGUUUUCAAGUGAAAUAUAGAUUAGUGUGAUGAGUGUUUGCAUGUUGAGUUAGAGAUUUGAGUGCAUCAUGUAUAAAUAAAUGCAUUAGUGACUUAUAUAUUUAAACUGUAUCACAUGCAGUUCCUUGGAUGUGUGUGUCCUUAAGUGUAUUUUUACUCACUUUGAGUCUUGGUAAUAAAAUGUUGUCUGUUUACCAAUU